GUAAGUUACGCAAUAUACAUUCAGGGGAUCGAACGAACUGCACGUGUUACCAGAGUCUGCGCUAGUUACACCACUCAUCUGUUCAGCUCAGUGUCACCGCAGUUACCGCACAGUUGGAAGGCUUGCCUGGCACAUUAUGGGGCAGUAAUGGCCUCCUCGGACUGCUACAUCGUCCACGAGAUCUACAACGGCGAGAACGCGCAGGACCAGUUCGAGUACGAGCUGGAGCAGGCGCUGGAGGCCCAGUACAAGUACAUCGUGAUCGAGCCCACGCGCAUCGGCGACGAGACGGCGCGCUGGGUGGCGGUGGGGAACUGCCUGCACAAGACGGCGGUGCUGUCGGGCGCGGCCUGCCUGCUGUCGCCGCUGUCGCUGCCGCCCGAGUACUCGCGCUACGUGGCCCUGCCCGCCGGGGCCCUCAGCCUGGCCUGCGCCGCCCUCUACGGCAUCUCCUGGCAGUUCGACCCCUGCUGCAAGUACCAGGUGGAGCACGACGGCCACAGACUGUCCCGCCUGCCGCUGCACACGCUCAGCUCGUCCACGCCCGUGGUGCUGGUGCGCAGGGACGACGUCCACCGAAAGAGACUCCACAACACCAUCGCGCUGGCCGCCCUGGCCUACUGCGUCAAGAAGGUGUACGAACUCUACGCCGUAUGAUCGGCGGGGGAGGAUAACGUUACGCGGGGCGGAGAGGGCCAUGGGUUUCGGGGGGGGCGGGGCGGGGCGGGGAACACACCCGAGAAACGACGAUGACAAAAAAGUGCGGUCGGCCAUUUUGCCACUCGAGCAUUUUUGUUGUUUCACGGUUCAGAAGACUAUAGUGAAAACUAGGGAGUUUUUUUUUUUUUUUUGGUUUUGUUUUCCCCUCUAAUUGUCUUUCGACAUCACCAGUGCACUUAUUGAUCUUGUACGUACAUGUCCACCCCGUCAUUCAUACACUAAACUUGUGAAUAUAGGUAAAAACUCAGUAUCUCCCAAGACUGAGAGGACAGCAGUGGGACAGACAUGUUCUCAGUAUUAACGGUCUGAUAUUUUUGUCCUUGUAGUUUUAUUGUACCCUUUCCUGCUGAUCAAAGUCACCUCUUCAUUAAACAUUAGGAUAUCUGAAACUCC